UACCGAGGACUGCUCUCCCUGGUCAGCCCGGAGGUCUGGCUUCCCAGUCAACAUGAAGGCUCUCCUUCUUCUCGGGAUUCUCUUCCUCUCCGUCACCGUCCAGGGCAAGAUCUUUGAAAGGUGUGAGCUGGCCAGGACUCUGAAAAGACUUGGGCUAGGUGGCUACAGAGGUGUCAGCCUGGCCAACUGGAUGUGUUUGGCCAAAUGGGAAAGUAAUUAUAACACAAAGGCUACAAACUACAAUCCCGGAAGCCGAAGCACCGAUUAUGGGAUAUUUCAGAUCAAUAGCCGCUACUGGUGUAAUGAUGGCAAAACGCCCGGAGCUGUGAACGCCUGUGGCAUACCCUGCAGUGAUUUGCUGAAAGAUGACAUCACUCAAGCUGUAGCAUGUGCCAAGAGAGUUGUCAGGGAUCCAAAUGGUAUUCGUGCAUGGGUGGCAUGGAAAGCACACUGCGAAAACCGAGAUGUCUCUCAGUAUGUUCGGAAUUGUAGAGUGUAACUGUGGAGUUUUCCUUCUGCAGCUCAUUCUGUCUCUUUUUCAUAUUAAGGGAGUAGUAGUAGUUGAGUAAAAGGUCACAUUACCAUCCUGUCAAACAAUAACACUUCUACAGAAGCAGUAACAAAAUAUAGUCUUUCUUCUAAAAGGCUUCAUGUUUAAGAAAUGUGUUUAUUAUUAUUUGAUAGCCUGUAACAUUUUUCAGUUUGCUAAUAGAAAUAAUGCUGGUGAAAACUUACCUAAAGUCUUGCCUAUCAAAUACAUCUCCAGUAUAUUCAGUUCUUAAAGAAAUAAACCCAACUUAAUCUUUAGUACUCCCCAAUAGUUCAUAAAAAUGUAACAAAAGAUUAUCUUAAAAAUAAACUGAUCUUAGGCAAAACUCUAGCUAAAUAGGCAUCUGUUCAGUCAUCUCCAAAAGCAGGAAAAAACAAAAUGAAACAAAACAAAACAAAAAAACCACAACAAAGCAAACUGAAAAACUACAAAACAAACAAAAAACACACUCUCUGUUGGGCAAUAUAAAGUUUGAAAAGGAGCAGAAUGCCAAAUGGCUAAAAGUGAAGAGAGCCUGAAUUAAGAAUUUUGUUUUUCUAAAGAGUGACCUUGGAUUAAAUAUUUUCUCAGAAGUGUUGCUUUCAUACUGCUUUAAAAAUAAGUUGACAGUUUAUAAGUCAAUCUAUUUUGGCUCUUUAAAGAACUCUUCUAUGCAUCUUUCUGAUCAUGAAGGAAUAUAAAGAAGGAUUAGAGGAGCUGUUGCUGUUCUCUGAUUUUAUUAACUUAGAUUUGUGCAUUAUGACUAAAUGCUGAGGCAAAUGACUUUGCAAGUAUUGAAAUAAUUGCUGAUUAACCACUGGUGUGAAAUUAUGCAUUUUAUGUUAUAAAAAUAAUACAAACAUCAUUAAAAGUUUUGCAACUCAUAA